AUGGAGAAGAAAAUGGACUCUAGGAAAUUCAGAAAAGGAUUGCGAGACACUCUUCCCUCAACGUUUGUUAAAGAGCACAGAAAGGUGGAGUCCAAUGAGGAGGAUCUGUCAAGUUUUUCUGGUUAUGAGAGCACAGGAGACUUUUCAGAAGAUCUGAGGAAAUCGAACAUAAUUUUUGUUGUUGGUGGGCCUGGCUCUGGCAAAGGUAGCCAGUGUGAGCAGCUAGCCAAGAAAUACGGAUUUACUCACCUAUCCACUGGUGACCUUCUCCAAAAUGAGUUAUCGUCAUUAUCAGAGAGAAGUAAAUUGAUCAAAGACAUCAUGGAAUGUGGUGAACCUGUGCCUGGCGGGAUUGUCCUAGAGCUGCUGAAGGAAGCCAUGGUUUCCAAAUUAGGGGACACGAAAGGAUUUCUGAUUGAUGGGUAUCCUCGAGAGCUGAAAGAAGCAGAAGAGUUUGAGAGCAAGAUUGGGGAACCAAAACUUGUGUUCUGCCUGGACUGCUCUGCAGAAACCAUGAGCAGUCGCCUUCUGAGGAGAAAUGAGAGCAGUCAGCACUCUGGUAAUGCCGAAACCAUCAACGAAGGAAUCGAAAGCUAUUACCAGGCAUCUAAACCUGUGAUUGCAUACUAUGAAAGGAAGACACAGUUAUGCAAGGUUGAUGCCGAAGGAACACAGGAAGAUGUUUUUCUGGAAGUCUGCAAGACAGUCGACGCUUUUCUGAAAAAGGAAGAGGCAGCAUUUUCUUUUUCAACAGAAACGCAGUAAUGGCGUGUACACAGCCUCACCUCCCGUGCACUUGACAGUCCCGAUUAAAAUGCUGUUCAAAGCAAUACUGCUUUCUUCAGAGAUCUCUGGAAUUUGUGCAUGUGGUAUGUUAUU